AUGCCAUCUCCUAGUGUUACUCAGAAAGGUGGACCAGCGGGGGUAGGAAGGGGUAAGUCUUACUUCGGCGGCCCUCAACGCAUGCGGAAGAUGAAGAAGGACGCCAUCCCCGGCAUCACUCGCCGGGGAGGAGUCAAAUUCAUCUCUGGAACUAUAUACAACGACAUUCGUGAGGUCUUAAUAGCUAGGCUGAAAAUGAUCAUCAAUGAUUGUAUCAAAUACGUUGAGUAUAGAAAGGCCAAGACUAUCACGGUCCAGGAUGUUCUGUUUACCGUCCGACGCUUCGGACAGCCCCUCUAUGGAUUUGAUCCGGGCACGGACACAGAGUUCAGCCUAACGAAGAAAAGAUAA